GUGAACGAACUGACAACGCGUAUGACACUAAAAUAAAAACAAAAAUUAAAUUUAUUCUCUGAAUAUACAAAUACGAAUAGUGCGGGCUGGCAGUAUUGAUUUUAAGUAUUUCUAUGUGUCCUAUGUGAUUGUUUGGAUAAUGGAUGAACCGUCUAAGUGAUUUAUUUCGAUAAAGAUAUUCUUAGUUUACAAUCAGUCAAAAAAAAAAACACCUUGAAAGAGUUGCUGAAUAAUUCAACAUAUUUCAAAUUCUAUGCUCACAUAUACAUCAUUGAUACAUAUGCUUACAUAUUAACAUUUUAGCGGAUGAAAUUACGGUGCUCUAUGUACAAAAGAUUGUUUGACAUAGUUGCGGUUCACUAGCGUUGAUCGCAUUCUGAUCGAGCGCAGCGCUCACGAAUAGGUGAUUUUUUAAAUAUUGUUCUUUGUGCGCAUACAUGCACACAUACAUACAUACUUAUACAUUGAAUGUGGGUAUAAAUAUACGCAGGUUCGUACUUCAACUUCAAGUCGAAAUCAUCAGGCAACAGUUUCCAAUAUCCAACGCCCUAGAACCAUUCCGCCACAUGCCCAUCAACCAAGCAACGUCGAAGCUGACGCCAACAACACAUCCACCACAACAACAUUUCCACUAACAAUAAUAAGACACGUAAUCGCGUCGAUCAAUCGAUUAGCCAUUAGCCGGCAAUCGUAUCUAUACAUGUAUUAUACACACACAUUUAUGCAUGCUGUGUGUGUGUAUGCAGUGUACCAUUAAGCCGCUUUGCUGUUGAGUCGCUGAUCCGCAGUUCCGCCGAGUCGCCAAGUUGCCGCAUUGUCGUAUUGCUGUGCCGCAGAAAUUCUAUAAAACUAACAAACUCUUUGCGAUCGACUGUGAUUCUUUCGUUCAUUUACGACGGUGUUGGUUGCAGUUGUUUGUUUAAUCAAUUGUUCAUCCAAGUUUUCGAACGCUCUCGUGUUUCCCGGCAUAUCCAGUGCAUCCAGUUGUUUGGCUCUUAACUAACGUCUGGCGAGCACUCAGAUUUCGCUUAGCAUAAAUUUUGCGGAGGAUCACAAAAAUCUACCUUUGUGGUCCCAUAUCCUCGUCAAACCAUUUGUACGCGAUUUCUUUGAGCAUUUGCCGCGGCUUAUUGCUUCAAAAUACAAAUAUCAUUGACCGGUUUCGAUGAAAUAAGCUUGCAACAUUGUAUCGCAUCAAUAAAUACGUAGCAUACCACGCAUACUAAGGCAUUCACAACAGGCUCCAAGUCAUUUUCUAAUAUUUUGCUUUGUGCACGAAGGAUACUGUUACCACGCGCGACUCUCGUACGUCUAUCUGCCUCAUCCAUUCGCCUUGGCAAACGUUGGGUCAAAACGAUCGUGCGUGUGUGAGAGUGUAUAUAUAUAAGUAUAUAUAUAUUUAAGUAUUUGUGGAUCAAUUGAUUGCGGUCGAUCGCGAACAUUGGUUGCCAAUCGCGCACGUUACGGUCCAUCGAUCGAUUCAGUUUGCUUUCACCCGCGGUAUUGUGCGUUCACUAGAGCCGCAAAAAGGCGCUUCAUACUUAACUAUUCGCACCGCAACGUAUAUACAUACAUAAGUGUUUUUAGCGAAAUUCCACUUAGUCUUAACAAAUACAUAUUGUUUUCUCGGAAAUUAAAUAAAAUAUAAUCUAAGUGAAUCUAUGAAGCGUGGACUCGUAUUUAAAUUUAAUAACUAACCGAUAACCGAGGUGCCAGCAAAUAACCUAUUACAUACAAUACAAUCAUACAUACAUACAGAAAGUGUGGAUUUGUAUUCUGUGUAUUGACUUCACGUGAUCCAGCCAUACGUCAUACUUAGUAACACUUUUGAAAAAAAAAAAAAAAAAAAUUUUACUAAGUGUUGCCAUUUCGCUUUCAAUUUUACUGGAUUAAACAGAGGAGCGUUAUUUUGAGCCCUUCAACUAAUUUUUGGAUUAUUUAAGUUGCUAUUGUUGCUGUAAAAUCAAAUCUACCAACAUGAAGCGCUUCGCAAUUAUUCUCGCAUUUGCCUUGUACGCAUUCGCAUUGGUGCAUUCAUUGGCGAUAUCCGAUACGAAUGUAAAGUGCCAAAUGAACUGUGACCUGCAAGACUACAAACCGGUGUGCGGCACAGAUGACGCUGGUGAGACGAAAUCUUUCAAUAAUCUGUGCAUUUUGAAGACAGAGAAUUGCCUGCGACAACUUUCAUUCCAGAAAACCGCCGAUGGAGAAUGUCCGUAGAUGCUAAAGUUAAAAUAAAAAAAUUAAAAUUAAAAAAAAAUAUAUAUAUCAUUAAACCAGUUAAUGUAGAAAAUAAACUAAGUGCUGUGCAUUUUAAUGCAAAUCAUUGUAUUAUUAACCAGCUUUUUAUUUGGUUCCUUAACUGAAAUAUUGUACACCCUUUCCACUCACACAAUUUCAUCUAUGAACCGACACUUAAAUAUUGAAUGUAUUCUAUUUAUGCAAAAUAUUACAUAAUAACAUAUAAAAUAUGAAUUUAAAUUAAAGCAAAAAAAUCGAAUGCAAUGUUUAAUAAAGCCUUCGGCAUGGUGAGUUAUGCACUUAACGUUCGAUGAUCCUAUGACAUGGCCCCAUGAUCAGUGGAAGUGGAUGAUCCAAUUGCUAAAACUAGCGAAGCUUGUAACUUCGGCUGAGGAAUUUCGUACUUGGUUUUGGCGCUGCUGGAGGCCAUAAUGUGUGUAGUCUGUAAGUGGUAUUUGUGUGAUAUUCUUAAGUUUUGAUUUGGAAAAGUCGUACAUACUUAUACAAUAAAAUUACAUAAAAAUGUAGAGAAAAACAUUAUUAGUAAAAGGUAUCUAAAAAGUUGUGGGAUACAUCAUAAAAUAAAAUAGAAAAGUGUUUCUUUAUACAUA